AUGUCUCGCUCCAAACCACGACAACCGCCUCAAAAACCACCACACUUCACCAAAGAAGCAAGCACAAUCAUCCCAGAAGUCAAUCGCCUAAUCGCCCAACUCCGAAAAAUCCAAGAAACCAUUGUGGCGACUGUCGACCCAGAGACUGCAACUUUCUCCAAUGUCCUUCUACCACUUUCCCGCAACCAGAACUCUGUGUCUCGUAUACUGCCUAUAUUGGGUUUCUACGAAGCGGUCUCUACAGAUGAGAAGCUGCAAGAUGCUUCUACCGAGGCAAAGAAGUUGUUUGCAGAGUUUGAGAUUGAGAUGAAUACAAAUGAGGGCAUGUUUGCUUUGGUUGAUGCGGUUGUCAAGAAGAAUGAAGAGCUGGAAGCUGAAGAUAAGAGACUUCUGGAACGAUGCCAUAGGAACUUUCUGCGCAAUGGUCUUGGUGUGACAGCAGAGAAACGCGAACGUUUCAAGGAGAUUCAGAAGCAGUUGCAUCGAUUGGCGAGUGACUUUGAGAAGAACCUGAGAGAAGGAGAUAAAGGUGUUUGGUUUGGAGAGGAGGAAUUGGCUGGACUACCGAAAGAUUUGGUUGCCUCUCUGACCCGAGGAACCGCUGAGCAUGAAGGAAAAUUACUGCUGCCUUUUGGCUUCCCACAUGUCUCUACGGUCUUGAAGUACGCGACAAGCAGCGAGACUCGUCGUGUGUACUACACCGCUUUGGACAACAGGUGUCCCAAGAACGUUUCCGUGUUCAAAGAAAUCAUGGUUCUGCGACAGGAAUCUGCUCAACUUCUUGGAUAUGCCAAUCACGCUGCUUCCAGGAUCGAGGACAAGAUGGCCAAAACCCCGGAGAAUGUGAUGAGUUUUCUGGAUGACUUACAUUCGAGACUUUCGGCUGGAGUCAAAGCUGAGGUGGAUGAGUUGAAGGAACUAAAGAAACAAGAUUUGGAGUCGAGGGGUGAAAAGUCUGAUGGGAAGAUGUAUCUCUGGGAUCAACCGUUUUAUAAUUGUAUGAUGCUUGAGAAGGAGUCAGAGAUUGAUCGACAACAGAUAGCGGAGUUUUUCCCGCUGGAAACAACAGUAACUGGUGUCUUGGGUAUCUUCUCUCAGCUCUUUGGUUUGGUGUUCGAAGAGAUUGUUGGAGAGGACAGAGAUGUUCUAUCACCUACAGGAACAAGUGGAGAUCUUGUUUGGCAAGAGGAUGUCCAGAUGUAUGCUGUCUGGGACGAUGAACAGGGAGGCGGCUCCUUCAUUGGGUACCUUUAUCUUGACCUUUACCCACGAGAAGGGAAAUAUGGAGGCAUGUGUAACAUGAAUCUACAAUGUGGAUUCGAACAAGAGGACGGCUCACGUCACUACCCAGCCACCGCACUCAUCUGCAACAUCUCCAAACCCACCGCCACAAAACCCUCUCUCCUCACCCAUGAUCAAGUUUUACUCUUCUUCCACGAAUUGGGUCAUGGAAUCCAUGAUCUCGUCGCCCGCACAAAAUACUCCAUCUUCCACGGCACAGCCACCGUCGACGAUUUCUGCGAAGCACCCUCCCAAAUGCUGGAAUUCUUCUGCUGGAUCCCGGAAUUGUUACAACAGCUUAGUCAUCAUUAUACUUGUCUUUCUCCCUCCUACCUCAAGAUCUGGCAACAAGAGAACCCCGAGAAGUCUCAACCGGAGAAACAUAUCCCUCUCACCACUGUUGAGAAACUUGUCCAGGCGAAGAAUGUUAAUGGAGCUCUUUUCCAGUCGAGACUGUUGCAUCGAAGUUACUUUGAUAUGAUUGUGCAUCAACCGUCUUCUCUGCAAGAAAUCAAAGACAUGGAUAUCGGAGAACAGUGGAAUAGACUGCAAGGAGAGGUCUCGUUUCUGGAUACUGGGGACAACUAUCAAGGAUUGGGAUACUCGAGUUUCAACGCUGUGAUCAGGGUUUAUGAUGCUGGGUUUUAUGGGUAUCUUUAUUCCAGAGUCUAUGCUGCGGAUAUGUUUUACUCGGUCUUCAAAGAUGAUCCGAUGAAUCCGGUACAGGGCAAAAGAUACAGACACACUAUGCUGGAGAAAGGAGCUAGUGUUGAUGAAAUGACUACAUUGGUAAACUUCUUGGCGAGAGAGCCUAGUGCGAAAGCUUUCCAUAAGGACUUGGAUUUGCAAUGA